AUGGACUUGUGGAAUGGGGAUGAAGCAUCACCACAGGAAGUGCCUCCGGGGAACAAGCUGUCAGGGUUGGGAACUGACUUUGGCUUCUAUUUCCCUGAACUGGUGCUCCAAGGAGAAACACAGACAGUGGAGACAUGCUGGAAAGGAUUCCCAGAGCUGGACUGGAGCCCCUCCUUACCACAUCCAGAAGCUUCAUGGGGGACGGAGCCAGCCCCUCAGGCCCUUGCGUGGUCAGGAGACUGGGCAGACCUGUCCCACACCGCCUCUGACCCUUGGAACCACGCCUCUCAGAUUCUGGGCCCCGCUCCUCCCGGUCCUGGUCCUGUCCCUGUCCCCUUCUCCGGUUCCGAAGGGACGGUGGGCCAGAACUGUGACACCUCGAGGUCGCACGUCCAGGCUGCCAGAAACACCAUCAGCUGGGACUGUUCUGUCAGCUCCCACGGCGCCACCUACUGGGGCAAUGGCCUCAGCGAGGAGCCGCACGCGGACUGUUACAUUUCGUGGAAUGGGCCUGUGGGUUCCAACUGUACCGCCUCCUGGGAUCCGGGGCUGCAUCCAGAUUGCAGCGUCUCUUCGAAGGGGUACCAGAGUUCAGCUCUCACCACUUCCUCUGAACAGAGUCAGAAGUCUGACCAUGACGCCUUGGCUCGUUACCCCAAAACUAACCACCGAGGUCCCAUUCAGCUGUGGCAGUUCCUCCUGGAGCUGCUCCACGACCAGGCGCGUAGCAGCUGCAUCCGCUGGACUGGCAACAGCCGCGAGUUCCAGUUGUGCGACCCCAAAGAGGUGGCGCGGCUGUGGGGCGAGCGCAAGAGGAAGCCUGGCAUGAAUUACGAGAAGCUGAGCCGAGGUCUACGCUACUACUACCGCCGCGACAUUGUGCGUAAGAGCGGUGGGCGCAAGUACACUUACCGCUUCGGGGGCCGAGUGCCCGGUCUAUCCUGUCGGGACUGCUCGGAGGGCACUCAGGGAACAGAGCUCCAAUAA